UUACGUCAUUGCGUCACAAGGCAAACAACAUGGCCGCCUACUGGGUUUACGUGUUUUGUGGCGCUUAACUGUUGAUAAAGCAGAUCAAUGUUAAACUUCAGUGUUCUUCCUUGGGAACAGGCUCAUCAGAAAAGUGUCAUUACAGAGCUGCAUCGCAUAAAAUCAUUCUAUUUAGUGUGUGCCGUGUUAACAUCAUGGCGUCUGCGUUUGUGGUCGGAGAUAAAUUCAGGAAUAAGGUGACAGAGCUGCUGGAAAACACGGACUCAUCUCUGCCCAAGACCCUGAGAGAGGAACUGCAGGAGCUUCUGGAUAAAAGGGAACUAAAACUGCCUUUCAGCACAGCGAGAAAACUGAAGAAAUACCUACAGGACGAAGGACAUCCUUUCUACCUGCAUGAGUUGUUGGAGGACAGCUCACUGUACCUGCCUGAGGUCGUGAAGCCUCCCAGAAACCCUGAGCUGGUCGCACGUCUUGAGAAGAUCAAAGCCAAACUAGCCAACGAGGAAUACAACAGGAUCACACGGAACGUCAACACUCAGGAAAUCAACAGAAAUGGAAUCCUAGCAGAUUUUGGAGGUCAAGUGCGGUCAGUCAAAGCAGUGCUGGUGACCAUCUUCAACUUCGUGGUUACUGUAGUUGCUACUUUUGCCUGUUCAUACAUGGGGAGUCAGUAUUUGUUCACUGAAAUAGCAGCGCGGGUGAUAUCAGCUGUGAUCGCUGCGUCUGUAGUCGGGCUUGCUGAGCUGUACGUCCUGGUCCGGACCAUGGAGGGAGAACUAGGAGAGCCUUAGCGGUUAUGAUCAAGAAAUUAGAGCAGCAGGAACCUUUGGAAGCAAAACCAGCAGACUGCAGCAGCCCUUAAAGAAGAACUUUGGCAAACACACCAAGUUUUGUGAUUCAGAUCUACUUUGGUGUGAAGACUUUGGCAACUUUUUGUUUUUUAUCUGUCAGAAAAAAAUGGUGGAAUUACCCAGUUAUGUUUGAGAUCCUGAAAAUUUAUAAACUGAGACAGUAGUAGUGCUAAAUGGAAGCUGGAACGUCUGGAAAAAAAUCAGAUUGGUUCCAAAUGAUCAAAUGUUUGAUGUGUGACAUUCCACCUGCCCUUCUCUUUGAAUGAUCUUUCUUAUUUAUGUACACUGAUUGUGUUUUUCAUGUCUUUUUUGAACCUAGUUUUUGUCUCUCUCUCGUUGUCACUGCACUGUAAAAUUAAUGUUAUGAUUUCUUCCAAUCUGUCCUAAAGUGUGAUCAUAUUUAAUGAAGAUGAUUGCUUAAUAAAAUCAUCAGAACUAACUAAAGGUAAUCACUCCAAUUAGCAUUGUCUUCCUCAUAGAGUAUUUUCUUUCUCUGCAUUAUUUAAUAAGCUGACACUAAAACAUGAUAAGAUCAA